AUGGCAGAAGCUGUGGAGGUGAUGCUGCGGCGCUUGAGGGAAGCAGCGGACACCAGGGGCAGCGACUGGCUGGAGGAGCAGGUGACUGCAUUGCUAAGGGGGGCGGAGGUGGGUACGUCUGGCCCUACUCCAGCAGCUACACGGUCGCGGCGGGCAAGGCCGCCGGCGCGCCUGAGCCCUGAUUUACCCCCCCGGGUCCGGCGCCGUGUCAGGAGCCCCACAAGGGACCCUCCACGCCGGGAGCAUUCCAAGGCUACUGCGGCCUCCCGGCGUGGGAGGAAUCCAUAUGUCCGGCGGGACCCUCCAGAGGCUGUGGGGCCUCCCCCUCAGCCCACCACUUCAGCUACAAGGGAGUCAGGACCUGGUUCUGCAGGAUCCCCUCCUGUCCCCAGGAGUGGGAGGCCUGCUCAGCGUGGGAGAGGUAGUGGCAGCAGAGGCAGCAGCGGGGCUGCGCGGUCGGCCAGGGCGGCCCGGCGCAGGCUCUUACAGGAUGAGCCCCUUUCAGUGGCACACGAGGCUGCGCCUGUAGGUGCCGGGGACGGGCGCAGGCCUCGCCAUGAUGCGCUUCUUUCAGAGGAGGAGGACGAGGCUGUUCUGGACGGCUCCCUGCCCCAGAGCAGGCCUCUUGGGCAUGAAGACAGGCGCGCAGAUGCUUAUAUGGAGGACAGGGAGUUGCGCAGGCCAUUUCCUGAGGGCGGACAGUUUGCUACUGGUCCUGACACCGUUGAAGACAGAGGGCGUCCCAGAGCCAUUCCUAACGCACCCAGCAGUGAUCCGGCUGGGGUGCUGCCGGCGAACAGCGCAAGUACCCACCAGAGGAACGUCGCGGAUCCAGGAGUCGUACGUCAGGAAUCAGGACCUGCGGCUGCCGGGUUCACAGCACCCGGGCAGCUAGUGGGAGCGGUUUCGCCAGCUGGCCCCGGAGGCGAGUCAGGUCGGAUUGGUGUGUCCAGAGUCGUUGUGUGAGAUCCUGGAGGUACCGUAGCUUGUCUGUUGCAGGCAUCAUUGAGUGAAGGCACGUGGAGGAUGUACGAUAGGGCUUGGAGUAGGUGGCAGCAGUGGUGUAAUGACCUGGGGGUCGAGGUACUGGACGGGGAAAUUCCGUUGUUACUGUUCAUUGGCCACGUGAAGGAUCUAGGUUGGUCGGUUGCCAAGAUCAAUGGUUGCAUGGCGGGCUUGGCUUUCGGAUUCAAGUUGCGGAAUUCCCCGGACAUUACUAAGUCCUUUUUGGUCCGUCAAAUUUUGAAGGGUUAUAGAAGGUUUCAGCGUGUCAAAGAUUCCCGCCUACCGGUGUCCUUUUCGUUAUUGUUACAGUUAGGGGAGCAGGUAGCUGGAGUGUGUCGCUCGGCUUGGGAGGUGAGCUUAUUUAGACUAGCCUUUGCUCUGGCUUUUUUCGGAGCCUUUCGUUUAGGGGAGUUAGUGUGUGCAAGUGUGCGGCGGGAAGGGGGUCUGAGGAGCGAGGAUGUAACGUUAUAUGACGACAGGGUGGUGAUUUAUCUGAGAUUUUCAAAGACGGAUCAGGAGGGGAGGGGUCAUUUAGUCUCAUUGUUUGAGGUGCCGGGAUGUCUAUUGUGUCCAGUACGGUGUUUGCGGGAUUUUCAAGCAAGGGCAGGGGUCGCGGCAGGCCCGGUUCUCAGACACGAGGAUGGCUCCUUUUUAUCGC